UCAGGGUUUUGGUAAAGUAAACUUUGAGUCAAUGAUUUACCCACUUCAGAUCUUACAAGCAAGGGGAGCUUGUUAGGUAACCUUUCUGGCUUUGAUUUGGUUUGGUGACCCACACAAUGAGGCUGUAACCUGAAGACAAACGUGUUAAUGAGCUCAUCUGCAGACUUUUACUCUGAAAUGUGUCUUUUUUGAUGUGUAAAGAGUGUGUUUUAGGGUAGAGAAGCGCUGCUCCUUUAAAGGAAAAAUUGCUUCAGCUGAUAUUAGAGGGUGUAGCUAAUCAGUAACCAGCAGCCUGAGUUUAUUUUGUUGAGGGAUGCUAUAAGGCAGCGCUUCACUUCCCAGCAGGAAACAGAGGGUGCCUCUCAUUGGGAUAGAGCUGCUCCGAUAACAGUUUUGCUCCUGUCAUCUCGGUGAAGUCUGGACCCUCCCUAAUCUGAAGUUUCAUCAGGCCAACAUCACCUGGAGUCAUCCUCAAGUCACCUGCUAUAAAUCAAGAUCAAUGCAUACAAGUUGCCAUAAAGAGUCCUCGCCACCAUGUCUGUCCACAAACACACAGGACUGGCAAUGUCCAGUCUGCCUGCAAACGCCCAGAUUUCCCGUCCAGACCAACUGCAGCCACUUAUUCUGUGCUCCCUGUCUGCUGACAUACUGGAGACAUGGAUCUUGGUUAGAUGCAAUCAACUGUCCCCUCUGCAGACAGAAGGUCAGCGUGCUUUGUAACCUGUUUUAUGAGAGCCAAUCCGACCAGCAGUCACAACAAGUUCUGGGGGAAAUCACAGACUACAACAGACGUUACUCUGGAGCCCCACGAAAGAUGAAGGACUACCUCUGCGAUGUCCCCCUUGUUCUGCAGCUGCUGGCCCGAGGCCUCGGCGCCAUGGGAGGACUCGUGGGGCUGUUUCUGUUCAGGGUGGCCUUGUGCUGCGUGGGGACUGUGGUGUCCAUCUCGGUCCCCCUCGAGGACCACGUGGCGGCAUCAUCCAAUUCGCUGGAAACGGAUCCCUCCCUCGGCGGACUGCUAGGCGUCCUGGACGACGUGGUUGUGGUCUUCCUGCUGCUCGUCUGCGUCAUCAAUGUCAACCAGCAAAUUGUGCCUGAUGAGGGACACUCUGCUGAAGUGACACCCUGACUUGGAGUGACAAGGAUGCAGCUACUCUCAAUGAAAUGAACUCAUGUCGGUGCAUUGAAGCUGCUCAGACUGGACUCCAGGACUUCUUGUCAAGUGUUUACAGGAGUUGUGCAAACAUGAUCAAUAUGAAGAGAGCUGGUUACAGAUAGAGAAGUUCCCCAGCUGUUGCCUGUCAGCAUAAAAUGAAUGUAUUUUUUUUUCUCAACUCAGUGUUGGCAUAGUGAUGCUAACAUUCCUGUAAAUAUGUGAUAUAUUUUUUUUAUGGUUGAAAUAAAUAUUUAUAGUUCUAAUA